AUGCCGGCGCUGCCGGUGCCGGUGCCGGGGGCGCUCAGCGAGGGCUGCCGGGCCGAGCUGGCCGCGAUCAUCGUGUACGCGCGGGUGCUGGCGCUGCACCCCGACCCCUACGGCGCCUACAACUACCUGCCCUGGCAGAGGGGCCCCCCCGGCGGCCCCCAGCAGGGAGCGGGGGACCUCUUCUACUCGGCCGAGAUCGAGCUGCUGUGCGACCAGGCGUGGGGCAGCAUGCUGGAGGUGCCCGCCGGCUCCCGCCUCAACCUCACCGGCCUCGGCUACUUCUCCUGCCACUCGCACACCGUCAUGCAGGGCUACUCUUAUUUCUUCUUCCUCCGAAUGGAUGAGAACUACAUCCUCCUGCCACAUGGAGUCAACUUCCAGGAGGCGAUUUUCCCUGAUACCCAGGAGAACAGAAGGAUGUUUGCCAGCCUUUUCCAGUUUUCCAACUGCUCGCAGGCACAGCACGUGUUGAGCUUCUCCAGUGACUGGGAGAUUCAAGAGGACAACCGGCUGAUGUGCUCCUCGGUGCAGAAGGCCCUGUUUGAGGAGGAGGACAGGGUGAAGAAGCUGCAGCAGAAGGUGGCGGCGCUGGAGAAACGCAACAGGCAGCUGCGGGAUCGGGUGAAGAAAGUCAAGAGGUCUCUCCGGCAAGCCAGGAAAAACUCCAGGCACAUGGAGCUGGUGAACAGAAAGCUCAGUGAGAAACUCUCCUCUGCAGGAGGCCAAAUCCCCUAUAUUAACUCUCUGAAGCAGGAGAACUCCCACGGCACCUACCUUAAAGUAUAAUGCAAGGAUAAUGCCCAGGCCGAUGGUAGUGGAGUUUUGUCUGCAUUAAG